CCUCAUAUCGGGGCUCUCCGUUUACAUUAUUCAUACGGAGGAGGGUGUGACUUGUUGGCUCUUUUUUCCGCCUGUAUAAAACGAGAAGUUCGCGUAAAAGAAAAUACAGAUGGAGAAGGCUAGCCGGAUCGCUGUGUCACAGAGAGUGCCCUUAAGCCGACGUGACAACUCACAUACUGUCCCUUUGUGACCAGCUUCAUAGGCAGAAUGCCCGGUAUCUGCGUGCUUUGUCUGGCCGCCGCUUUGGCUGCGUUCACCCGGCUGGCCGGAACGGUGGGGCCGGUGGUCCGCUGUGAGCCGUGCGAAGCCAGGGCGCUCCUGCAGUGCACGCCGCUGCCCAAGGACUGCACGGAGCGGCUGAGGGAGCCCGGCUGCGGCUGCUGCAUGACGUGCGCUCUCGGUGAAGGACAGGCGUGUGGAGUGUACACGGCGCGCUGUGGCUCCGGCUUGACCUGCCAGCCCCAGCCGGGGGAGAGCCGACCCCUGCAGGCUCUGCUGCAGGGACGGGGAGUGUGCUCCAGCGCCGCGUCCAAAAAACUCAACAACAUUCUUAUAACGGCGCAAAAACAAGAUAACGCUGGAAAUCAGGUAGUAGGCUGUUCCAACAAGACCACAACGGUGACGAUGGUGCCUGGCGUGGUGACCGUGAAGGGUGGGCACAGUCGGGGGUCGAUUGACAGCAGGCUUCCGAUGCACAACAAGCUGAUCCAGAAAGAUCAGAACAAGAAGACUCAAAGCUUCAAGUUGGAAUCGGUUUCAGGGGGAGCCAACAUGGACAUGCACAACUUCUCCCUGGAGAACAAGAGGGAGACCGAGUAUGGGCCGUGUCGGCGGGAGAUGGAGAGCAUCCUGAGCGGUCUCAAAAUCAGCAACGUGCUCAACCCGAAAGGUUUCCGCAUACCCAACUGUGACAGAAAGGGCUUCUACAAGAAAAAACAGUGCCGUCCAUCCAAAGGCAGGAGGCGGGGCUACUGCUGGUGCGUGGACAAAUACGGGCAGCCUCUUCCUGGCUACGAUGGCAGGGAGCGGGGCGAGACGCAGUGCUACAACCUGGAGAGCAAGUGAGAGGACGGAGGGACGACGAGUGGACGACGAGAGAAAGACAGAGAACAAGCAGGGGGGGGGGGGAGAAAGAGCCUAGUUUGCUCUUGCAUGUAGUUUUAUGUAAACAUUUGGAAGGGGGCUCUGGACCUUUUUUUGAUUUUAGGUCCCAUUUCUGUCAGAGAGUUCGGGGGAGGGGGAAAGGGUGGAGCACAAGCCUUCUGUCCAUCACAGCUAUCUGUCCUGUGCUUUUUAAGGAACCUUCAUUUUUUUCUCUAAAGCAAAAAAGCUGAGAGAGUAGGGGGAGAAAGAGAGAAUCCUACCAUCUGCACUAUUCUUUUAGAGAGAGAGGAAGGAGGGACUUUUCCACUCACUUUAAAGAGGACUUGUUUGUGACCCAAAAAAAAAAGAAUUGACAAACUAUUGUGUGUCUGUGAGCGUGAGUCAGUGUGUGUCUUAAUGUGUGAGCACCUGCAUAACAUACGUGUGCACAGCUGCAUGUCUGUGGCGUGUGAGUAUGCUCGUUCCCAAAAGUGUUUUAUUUCUGUAAAUACCGUAUGUCACUACGAUCCGUCUCGAGAUCCUAGCCCCCAAUGCUCCAUUAUACACUGCAGAAGGAAAAAAAACGCUCUCUGGCUCAGGGUCCAUUUUGAAGUGAAGGAUUAUGGGAUGGGAGGGCUUUGGCUUCUUAUCUAGCAGCGAGGGCCCUUCUUGUUGCCUUUGACUUGCCCUGCUAUUGGGAAGAGAAUACAGGCAAACCAUGCAGUUACAGUGCCUUGCAAACUGACCUUCCCAUGCCUCCCCUCCCCUUCACCCUGUAGUCCUCCAAUAAAGGAACACUUCACUGAACAUCUACCUUUUGAGUAUCAAAUACUCCUUCACCACAGGAUAACAGCAGAUUGUAUGGAUGAUCCUAUAUGAAGAAAUCAGUAGAAAGAAUCUGGAACAUACUGAGGGAUCCCAUCAACAAGUGGAUUAAGAUGCAAAAUGUGCCAAAAUAUAAGCCCGGUUACAGACAUCUCUGAUAUUCUUUUGGUUAGAUUCCCAGAUAAGGUCUGUGGCCUACAAAUACACGAGAUCACUCGAGUAUUUAAAACUAAAAGGAUAGAUUGUUGGUGAAGUGUUCACAUGCCGCCCUGCAGGGAUCAGUCUCAUGUCUCUUUCCCAUUGUUCCUCUAACCUUGUGUCCCGUGUUCUUCCUCGUCCUUGUCCCGUGUCCAUCAUUCAGCUACGGUGCUGAGUUCCUCCCAUCAUAGAUGUCUUUACCCCCAUAUAAAACAUUGUCCUUGUCUGUGUGCCUGAUCCCUUCUCCAACCCCACUAUCCCGAGCUGUUAGUCCCCACUCCAUCCCCCUGCCCCGCCUCUUCCUGUCAGUGGUGCAUCCUGGUGUAGUCUUGUUUAAACGGGGCGAGCCCGGUGUGACCAGCCCGCCCCCCGCAGGUGCCAGCUGCCCCUAUGCUUCAAGCACAAGCACUUAAAGCACUUUAGCUGUGCCGCUACUCGUCAAUGCAUGCAGUUAAAGACAAUUGGACCUAUCUGCAUCUGCAUACCUUUCCUUCGAGGUAAUGUCAGAUGAAUAAGUGUGAUACUGUAAGAAAACAAUAAUAACCCAGGGAGGAAGGGGGGGGGGAAUAAGAAAAAAAAAGCUACACCAGGACUUCUGACAACAGAGUUUUUUCCAUUCAAUGCAACUAUUUUUUUUUGUUGUUGUUGUUUUUGUUUCUUUGGG